GUUCUUCGUUCCCUGCCGUUAGAUGGCGACAUAGUGCACUGAAGUUUCUCACGAAGAAGAAGCUGAGGGCAAACUUCCGUGUUUUAAAUUUUCGGUGGCAACAACAACAGAUGACGCUUCCAUUCUCUGCUUCCUUAAAUAGACAAGUGCUUUCCUGACAUGGGGUCACCAAAAAAAGCAGGAGGUCCACAGAGGGGGCAGGAGUCUGACUCUCCACUACCUUCUAUCCAGGAGCGGCUGGCAAACCUGCAGCCUUCCAAGGAACUGCUGGAGUUCUACAGAAAGAAGAUCGCACAGUUCGAUGGGGAACAAGAGGAGCUAAUGCAAAUGUUGCAGAAGUUCAGAGAGGGCACAGAAGACCAGCACAAGCUCCAGUCAGAAGUGCGACAGCGUGAAGGAGAGAUUGCAGAACUGCAGAAGGCUCUGAGUGACAUCCAGGCUUUCCUCUUUCAAGAGAGGGAACAGUCGCUGCGGCUUUAUGCAGAAAAUGACAGGCUGAAGAUAAGAGAGCUGGAAGACAGGAGAAAAAUCCAACUCCUCCUCACCCUCAUCAGUCCAGAUGCUGGUGACGUCACGUAUUUCCACCGCGAGCCCCCUCAUAAGGUCUCAAUCAAGCAAAGGAAUCCCAAAUCUGAUCAGGGGGACAAUCUGAAUCUCAGACCAACUAAACUGAGGCCUGCUCCUUCAAAAAAAGAAAAUGGAAGGAAAACAAAAACACCUGAUGGAACAGAUGCUGAGAGUUUGGAACAUUAUAAAGAUGAAAACCAGACCUUAUUGUUGCAGGUGGAGGCACUGCAGGCUCAGAUGGAGGAACAAACUCGCUUAGCCAAGGAGCAGGUGGAGUCUCUCAUGGCAGAUCGAAAGAUUCAAGCCGAGGAGGCACAAGCACAGAAACGAAGAGACAAGCAACAUAUACAGUCUUUGUCUGACAAGCUCAAAAAAACGCAGAACCUCCUGUAUGAAAGCACCAAAGAUUUCCUGCAGCUUAAAUUUGAAACAAGGGCUCAAGAGAAGGUCUGGAUGGCAGAGAAGGAUCAGCUGUUGAAGGAGGUACCACGUCAGGGCAAGGCUGGUUCCCCAGUGAGAAGAAGGCCGGCGCCAAGUAAUGCAGCAUCACAGCCUCCUCAACCAGAGGCAAGGAUGCAAAAGGAUGAGAAAAAAGCAAUGCAGGAGAAUCUGAAAGAAGCUCAUCGUCUUGCUCAGAUGUACAGAGAGCAGUGUGUAAACCUCGAGUCAGAAGUGGCCAAACUCAGAGAAGAGGUUGAUCUAAGCCGGGAAUUACACAAGGAUCGUACGGAGAAAAUGGCCAAGCGACUUCAGCUUAUGACCAAACGUUAUGAGGCACUGGAGAAGAGGAGGGUCAUGGAGGUGGAGGGCUUUAAAACGGACUUGAAACACCUCAGGCAGAAAUUUAAAGCUGUAGAAACACAACUGGCGCAGGUCGCCACGAGCAUCGCGCCAAACCAGGACCUGCUCGUGCUGCAGGAAGUCAGAGAAACUAACUCCAGGACGAAGAAAGCCCAAAGUGAACUGAUGGCGCUGAAGGCGAAAAUAUAUAGGCUGGAAAAUGAGCUUCGGUUGGGUUGAGAAGUUUUGGUUUUUGUGUGUCUGGACUUGCAUU